AUGGUCGUCAAAACGAGUUACUCUGGUGGUGUUGAUUCCUUUGGGCUGAUUGCUGUUGCAAUUGUCACUGUUGUGGCAGGCCAGUACUUUCACCCAGCUAUUGAUGUGUUUGCCCGUGAAUUCACAACUGCGGAAGAGUUGCAAGACUUCAUGGCUUCUGCUACCAUGAUUGGCUUUUCUGUCUCCAUGACGCUCCUCUAUGGGCUGUUGCUUCUUUCCAGCAAGGACACCAUUGUCAAGAAACUUCCUUGGCUUCCUUCAGCAGCGAAAGUAUUCCAGCCAACCUACAACAUUUUGCAGGCAACCUUCAAUACAUGGCACGCAUUUGCUGCAUUCUCCUGCGCCUUCGAAAAUGGAUACUCCUUCUGGGGCAAUGUGAACCCCCAAUGGAACCCUACCAUGGGUAUGCUUUACUGGCUUUACUACUUGAACAAGAUCGCCGAUUGCACUGACACUAUUUUUAUCAAGCUCAACGGGAAGAAGAGCAUGUCAAAGUUGCACUGCAUGCUCCAUGGAGGGCAGAUUUGGCUCUCAUAUUUUGUUCUCAGAAUCUGUCCUAUGGGUGACUGUUGGGGUCCGCAAUGCAUCAACAGUGCCAUCCAUGCUGCCAUGUACUCAUGGUAUCUGUUGUCCGCUUCCAAGAUCCCCACCCUCACUCAUUUUGCCAAACUUGUCAAACCAUGUCUGACAGCAAUGCAAAUGAUUCAAUUCCUGGUUCUCAUGGUCCACAAUGCACAGACAAUUCAGUAUGGCUCUGUUCCUGUGGAGCUGGGAGUGGGCAGUUUUAUCUGGAUGGUGUUUUUGUUUGCCAUGUUUGCCAACUUUUGGUGCCAUACCUAUACUUUCAAGGGUACUGGCAAAAUUGGUGUGUGA